UCGUGCAGUCAUGAACUCGAACGUCGAGAACUUGCCCCCCCACAUCAUCCGCCUGGUGUACAAGGAAGUGACCACGCUGACUGCAGACCCACCUGAUGGCAUCAAGGUCUUUCCCAACGAGGAGGACCUCACCGACCUGCAGGUCACCAUCGAGGGCCCUGAAGGGACUCCAUAUGCCGGAGGCCUGUUCCGCAUGAAACUCCUGCUGGGGAAGGACUUCCCUGCCUCCCCACCCAAGGGCUACUUCCUGACCAAGAUUUUCCACCCAAACGUGGGCGCCAAUGGUGAGAUCUGCGUCAAUGUGCUCAAGAGGGACUGGACAGCUGAGCUGGGCCUCCGCCACGUGCUACUGACCAUCAAGUGCCUGCUGAUCCACCCCAACCCUGAGUCUGCGCUCAACGAGGAGGCAGGCCGCCUGCUCCUGGAGAACUACGAGGAGUAUGCCGCCCGGGCCCGCCUGCUCACUGAGAUACACGGGGGUGCAGGUGCGGGUGGGCCCAGCAAUGGCAGGGCUGAGGCUGGCCGGGCCCUGGCCAGUGGCGCUGCAGCCUCCUCCACUGACUCCGUGGCCCCAGGAGUCCCGGGAGGGGCAGAUGGUCCCAUGGCCAAGAAGCAUGCAGGCGAGCGUGAUAAGAAGCUGGCGGCCAAGAAGAAGACGGACAAGAAACGGGCGCUGCGGCGGCUGUAACGGGCUCUUCCCACCCCACCCGACCCGUCCCCUCCCUCCAACUCUGUCUUUAAGUUAUUUAAAUUAUGGCUGGGGGGGGGGGUGGGCAUGUUGGGGCCACUGGGACCUGGAUUUGUUUUUCUAAAUAAAGUUGGAAAAGCA